AUGUUGGGCAGCAGUCAGGUACCAGUCCUAUCAGAGCACCGUGCCACCCUGAUCAAGGGAACGACAACUCUGGAAUCCCCCACGGUCAUGGGCAGUACAGCUACCGUCUUCACCAAUGUACGAGAUUUUGCAAGCAUCAUGAUCUAUUGGAAGAGCUCCUACCAACCUACUGGACUUCCAGACUUUUCUGCUUUUGGACAUCCAUACAUCCACAACGUUAGCCUGGGCGUGGUUGGGGCAAGAGUUGACGUUGUUUUGAAUCGAGGGAGAUCAAUGAUAUAUUCGAUAGCCUCUGCACAAGCCUGCUCAACAACAACAAAUGGAGUGAAUUUUAGUCAAGACAGCCCGGCUGCAGUAGUUGUCUGUGAACGCACCUUCAACUUGGACUACAGUAGGUGGACCCCAGCAACGGGAGAUGUACUGAGAUAUAAUGUAUCUUCAACAAAUGGUGGGUAUCUGAAACUCUACGACAGAGACUUCUCCGAUACCAUCAUCACACGCUACUAUGAUGGACAGACAGUGUCUAGCUAUGCAACUUUCACCUUUGACUUUGUUGACCCCUACCACUGUGUGGAUGUCGGCAGUGGAUGUCGAACCACCAUGCUGAAUGUAGGGAGUGAUGUUACCACACAGGCAUCAAUAACAAUCGCUUGGCAAGGUUGGGUUGACGAUCUAGCUGGUAUCAAAGAGUUCGACCUUCAAGUCAGACAACUAUCUGGAAACCACGGCAAGGAGAUGACAGAGCUCCUGGACAGUCCCGUCAUUUAUGAAGGAGUAGCGAGCUCUGGUCAAAAUGUCACUUUACCUCAAGUCGGUGUUUACUCCAUCGUCCUCGCUGCUGUCGACAAUGCUGGAAACUUCAGACUCAGCAGACGCUUUGUGUUCUUCGAUGACGAUCCAAAUGAUGUGACUAUGCAGAACAACGCAACUGUGCGAUUACUUUCAGCGACUGAAGAAACUCACUACGAGUGGUUGAUUGACCUAGACUCCAACGGAGGGAUGACAUCAGUAGUUCUUGAUUGGACAAACAGAUUCAUCAAUAUUCAUCACCUGAAUCAAGGAUUGUUGAAGCCCAUUGGAUCUUACGCCAGCGCAACUAUUGACGAUGAUUAUGACCAGUACUUUGGCCAACGUGGUCGUGCCGCGGUUCCCAAUGCGCUCGGAGUGGCAGAGUUCCGUGUCUUUUAUGACAUCGACCAGAGCGGUGGAAGGACCACCGUCAACGUGAGUGACGACAACUCGGACAACUGGAGUAAUGAAGCCACAAACACACAGGCGACCUACAACUUGACCUUAGUGGACGGUGAUUCCAUUCGGUUCUGGGUGGAGGCUAGAGACCUAGCCGGUCACUUUGUGAGGGACAGUGCGUUAGUUCACGCCGAUUCAUCCCCUCCAACUAUUCAAGAUUUCAAGCUCAUACCCGGUUUGUCCGGCAUAAGUGUGGAGUGUGCGACUUUUGAUGAACACAGUGGUAUAAGGAGUGUCGAAUGGCGACUCUUUCAUAUCGAAAACGGCACUGACAUCCAACGUGCCAUGCAAAGAGUUCCAGCUGAACAUAUUGAUCCUGAGGAUUGUUAUCCUGCAAGCUGUAUUUGUGUCCCGACGGGUGACUGCUAUGCCAAACAUCACAAACCUUUUUUCGUCGUUGGUGCUGGCGACUUUGAGUACUUCAUCACACUGACGGUCACUAACCACGCAGGACUUGCAACUUCCCAGACGAUCAAAACUGAACGGAUAGUGACUCCAGACAAUGUGGACCAAACUGCCGAUUCUCUGGCCAAACAAACCAACAACACUUCCUCCAUCAGUGCUGAUGAUGUAGCUACCGCAGCCGACCUGUUGGAUAGCAUUGCCGACGCCCAAGACACAUCCCCAGAUGUAACAGCGAAUGUCGUCAAGAUUGUGGAACACCUUCAACAAGUGGACACUCGGGAACUAAACGGCACGGGGGGUGCGGCCAAUUCUUCCUCACGCAUCAUCCGGGCUCUGGAGAAGCAGAUCGCAAACGUUCUCGCCGCGGGCGAGAACGUCAGUGAGGUGACGAGCAGCGUCGCGGUCAUUGCGAUGAACCUGGAUCCCAACUUGGUUGUGGAAGGGCUGCAGUUUGUAGCUCUGUCUGACAGAGGAGAGACCAACUCUCUUUUGGAUGAUAACCUCGAGGUUUAUUACGGCACCAAUAACACAGACGUCGCUUUAGAGAAAGUUGAAGUAUUGGUCCAACUACCAGACGUGAUACUGAAACAGUUUCCACCAGACAGCCCGGUUCCGGUCAGUUUUGUCCUGUAUGACAGCACCAAUCUCUUCCGAUCCCAACUCAUUGAGGACAGUCGGUCUACCGACAAUCCCCAGACUAUCGGCAGUCUUAUCAUCUCUGCCAGUCUACUGAAUGUCAGCAUUACCGAUCUCCCUCCUGAUAGUCCUGUUGUAAUCACCUUUAAUCUCCACCAGGAAUACCGUCGAAAUGACAACUCAUAUCAAACGGAGACCUGCGUCUUCUGGGAUUUCAGUCUUCGCGACGGCAUCGGUGAUUGGUCAACAGAAGGCUGCAGGAAAGGUCAACCGACCAAGGGGAGAAUAGUUUGCUUGUGCGACCAUGCCACUAAUUUUGCCGUGCUUGUGACAAGUCCCGUGAACACCGCAGACAAAGCUGCGGAAGAUCUUGCAUCGCUAACCAACGAUACUUCCUCAAUUGACGCCGGCGCCUUCAAUAGAAUAGCAGACCUGCUUAUGGACAUCGUCAACUCUCAAGAUACAUCUCCAGAGGUCACAGCCAAUGUCAUCAAUGUCGUGAACAACCUCGUGCAAGUGGACACCCGAGAAUUCAACGAUUCGGAAAGCGCCGCCAACUCUGCGUCCCGCGUCGUCCGUGCGCUGGAGGGGCAGAUAUUGAACGUCCUGGCCGCGGGGAAACACAUCAGCGCGGUCACGACCAGCCUGGCGGUGGCUGCGAGUCACUUCGUCCCCGAUGCUCUGGUCAAUGGAGUGGGAUUCGCCGCUACUUCUGGAGGGAGUGGCAGCGAGUCAUUAAUUAAUAAGGACAUAGGCGUGUAUGACAGUUCUGACGGGGACAUCCCCGUUGAGAAAGUGGAAGCAUCCAUUGAGCUGCCCGAGGCAAUACUGCAACAGUUUCCCACAGGCAGUGCUGUACCCAUCAGCUUCGUCAUGUAUGAGAACAGUAAUCUCUUCCGCUCCCAGCAAGUGGACAACGCUUCGUCAACGGAGUUCCCCACCGCCAUCGCCAGUCGUAUCAUCUCUGCCAGUGUACCAAAUGUCAGCAUCAGCGAUCUCCCAUAUGACAGUCCAGUUGUCAUUACCUUUCAGCUAAAACCUGUGUCGAGUCCAAUUGAGAAUACUAAGCAGACGGAGACCUGCGUCUUCUGGGAUUUCAGUCUUCGCGACGGCAUCGGUGAUUGGUCACCUGAAGGCUGCAGGAAAGGUCAACCGACCAAUGGGAGAACAGUUUGUCUGUGCGAUCACGCCACCAAUUUUGCCGUACUUGUGAAUAUCCAUGGCCAGAAGGUUACCAGUUUGGCUCUGGAUAUUAUCAGCAAAAUUGGAUGUAUUGUCUCCAUCGUGGCUCUGGUCAUCACCAUUGCCAUGUACUCGUCAUUAAGGUCGUUGAGAUCGAAGACCCCCAGCCGCAUCCUCAUUAGCUUCUCCCUGUCUCUGCUGUGUCUCUACCUGGUCUUCGUAGCCGGCAUCGAGCAGACGUCCUCCCGCGUUGGUUGCAUCGUGGUAGCCGUCUUGAUGCACUACUUCACGCUGACGUCCGUGGCCUGGAUGGGCGUGGAGGCCGCCGGCAUGUACCUCAAGCUGGUCAGGGUCUUCAAUUCUAAUGUGGAGCACUUCAUGAUCAAGGCGUCUGUCGUUGCUUGGGGUCUUCCAGCGCUCAUCGUAGGCGUGAUACUGGCAGUUGAUUAUACAGAGUAUGACAAUGAAUACAGUUGCUUCUUGAAGCCCGGCGCUGCUUUCUAUUAUGGUCAGUUGCUCAUCAUAGGACUGGUCUUCUCUUUCAACGCCGUGUUCUUCGUACUGCUGUCGCGCAAGUUCCUGUGCAGUGACCAGAAACUCCAGAGCACCGCCAACAAGCGCGACAAGAAGAGGGACAGGGUCCUGAAGCGCCUGCAGAACAUUGCCGCCGUCUCGUCUCUGCUGGGCCUGACCUGGGUCUUCGGUCUGCUCUCCGUCAUCGAGGCUUCCAGCUUCGCCUUCCAGGUCAUCUUCACCGUCUGCAACUCCCUCCAGGGCUUGUUCAUCUUCCUGCUGUUUGUCGUGCGCCAGGAGAACAUCCGUGCAUCCGUGGUGGCCCGCCUGCAACGAUGGAACAAGGCCGGCGGCACUGCUACCGCCUCUACCCCACUCAGCAAGCUUGCCACCUGUGCUAAAGAAUAUGACCAGUCUGUCUCGAAUGCACAGACCGAAGACGUUCUCUUAGACAAAUGUGAAAAGGAUAACGAUACAUUUAACAGGCCCCAAAAGUCCGAGAAUACAUACUUGUAAUGUACUGUACCCUUAACGUUUUAUGGUUGGAGGAGUUUAAUGUAUUAAAUCAAUAAUUCAUUAGUGAAGCGGUAGGCCCUACAGCAAUUUAAGAUUUGUUUACAGUUUUUUGUAAAUUUAAAACAAACUACAUUUGUAAAUAGCAAAUGUCCUUGAUUGGGGCAAACAUGUUGGAUACAGGGCGGCGG